CCGCGCGUGCGCAGAGCGUCGCGGUGGCGGCGGCGGGAGCGGUGUCUCGGAAGGCUACGGCGGCGCGGCCUCGGUUCAGAUUUCUCACCAGGAGUGACACGCACAGGCCCUCACCAUGGAUUUCCAGCACCGGCCUGGGGGCAAGACAGGCAGUGGGGGGGUGGCCUCGGCCUCCGAGAGCAACCGGGACAGACGAGAGCGCCUUCGGCAGCUGGCUCUGGAAACCAUCGACAUUAACAAGGAUCCAUAUUUCAUGAAGAACCACCUGGGCUCCUAUGAGUGUAAACUCUGCCUGACUCUGCACAACAAUGAGGGCAGUUACCUCGCACAUACCCAGGGCAAGAAACAUCAGACCAACUUGGCCCGGCGGGCAGCCAAAGAGGCCAAGGAGGCCCCGGCCCAGCCGGCCCCAGAGAAGGUUAAAGUGGAGGUGAAGAAGUUUGUCAAGAUUGGCCGCCCUGGUUAUAAAGUGACCAAGCAGAGGGACACGGACAUGGGCCAGCAGAGCUUGCUCUUCCAGAUCGACUACCCUGAGAUCGCUGAAGCCAUCAUGCCACGGCACCGCUUCAUGUCAGCCUAUGAGCAGCGCAUCGAGCCCCCAGACCGGCGCUGGCAGUACCUGCUUAUGGCGGCUGAGCCCUACGAGACCAUUGCCUUCAAGGUGCCCAGCCGGGAGAUAGACAAGGCCGAGGGCAAGUUCUGGACUCACUGGAACCGUGAGACCAAGCAGUUCUUCCUACAGUUCCACUUCAAAAUGGAGAAGCCGCCAGCGCCCCCAAGCCUGCCUGCAGGGCCCCCAGGCGUGAAGCGGCCCCCACCCCCGCUGAUGAAUGGCCUCCCCCCAAGGCCCCCACUACCUGAGUCUCUGCCCCCGCCACCCCCAGGGGGCCUGCCCCUGCCCCCCAUGCCACCCAGCGGGCCUGCCCCAUCAGGGCCCCCAGGACCUCCCCAGCUGCCUCCUCCAGCACCUGGGGUCCACCCACCAGCACCUGGGGUUCACCCUCCAGCUCCUGGGGUGCAUCCCCCAGCUCCUGGGGUCCAUCCCCCUGCUCCUGGCGUUCACCCCCCGGCACCCGGGGUUCACCCACCAGCUCCUGGGGUACACCCCCCAGCCCCUGGUGUCCAUCCUCCAGCCCCUGGGGUACACCCUCCUCCAGCUGCCGGGGUACACCCUCAAGCCCCCGGGGUCCACCCCCCUCCAGCUGCCGGAGUCCACCCCCAACCCCCUGGGGUGCACCCACCAGCUCCUGCAGUUCACCCCCAGGCCCCAGGGGUGCACCCACCCGCCCCUGGGAUCCAUCCCCAGCCUCCAGGAGUUCAUCCCCCACCCCCGGGUGUUCACCCAGCAGCUCCUGGGGUCCAUCCUCCUGCUCCGGGUGUCCAUCCUGCAAACCCAGGGGUGCAUCCUCCAGCACCCAUGCCCCCGAUGCUGAGACCCCCACUACCCUCCGAGGGCCCCGGGAGCAUUCCCCCUCCUCCCCCAACCAACUGAGGCCCCACCCUUCCCCGAAGCCCUUGUCCUUGCCCUGUGCCUCUUUUCCCACACAGGGCUGGUGCUUUUGUACGGUUGGGGAGACACCCCAGAACCCAAUAAACAGCCUCCCAACA